AUGAAUGGUGAUGGAUUUGAUCUGAAUCUGAUGCUGGAAGGAAAUGGUAUUAUGACAUUAAAUGGACAACGACAUGUACCAUUUUCGACUUGUUCACCUGUUUUUACUAAAGAAAUAUCCUAUGGAAAUUACUGUGAACGUGAGCGAACUGGAAGUGAAGAUACAGACUAUGCAAGUACACAUAAUGAUGGAAUUUUACAAACACUGCCAGGUGAAGCAGUGUUGGUGAAAAACGACAAUGUUUAUGUGAGAUUCUUGGAUCGAACUGAACAUAUGGGGAGGUUGUAUGUGACGAAUUAUAGACUUGUGUUUAUUCCGAUAUUGAAUAGUGUGGUAGAUGGAAGUGACAGGGUACGGUAUUUGUUAAAGGAGGCAGAAAUGGAGACUAAUGUACGGAAAGAUGAGCUUCCGUAUGGGUGUGAUUUACACACACAGUCGGUAGUAGCUUAUCAAGCCAUUCCACUCGUCACUAUUGAGCGUGUGAAGCGAAAGGAAAUGGUGGAGACGGAUAGUGGGCUGCUCGAAGUUCUUGGCAAGGAUUUUCGUCGCCUGCAAUUCAUUUUUGCAGGGUUAGUAUUUAAGCAAACGUUCAGCAAAUUUGACCGCACAUAUGCGCUUGUGCGAUUGCACGCCUUGGGCGAGCCAGACGGAAAAGUAGACGAGUUUGCAAAAUUCUCGCUGGAAAGGUUUGACGGGGUCAAUGGUGCAGUAGAUGGCUGGAGGAUCUAUAAUGCUGUCAGCGAGUUCCAGCGAAUGGGCAUAUGUUCUACCACGGACCGGUGGCGACUAAGUUUUAUAAAUGACGAGUAUGAUCUGUGUCCGACAUAUCCGUCAGUAUUGGCCGUGCCAACUUCCGCCUCCGAUAGCGUGCUAGCAGUGGCCUCCAAGUUUCGCUCCAAAGGACGAAUUCCAGUUCUUUCAUGGCGCGACCGCUAUACUGGAGCAGUGAUUUGUCGCAGCAGUCAGCCACUCGUCGGACUUGGGCAAAAGCAGUGCGACAAGGACGUUUUUCUUAUUCAGGCAAUUGCAGCGACAAAUCCGUCCUCAACCAAGCUUGUGAUCAUCGAUGCGCGACCCUGGAGAAACGCUGUAGCACAGAAGACUGUAGGUCGUGCUGGAUAUGAGCUUACUGAACACUACGAGACUUGUCAUACCACAGCUUCGCUAAAGGAUGCAGACAUGGUGGCAUCAGAGCACAACAGGCCAGUAGUUCUAUCUGCUGGUGCUGCUUCAUCAACCUUUGCAGGGGCCUGCAUUCAUGGAGACUCGACUGAUGUGAAUGAGGCAGGUGAAUGGGGAGGCAUACACACUCUGGAAACAAUGAAGUCGUCGCUCGUUCUAACGGAGUGCAAGCUAAUAUUUAUGGGCAUUGAGAAUAUUCACACAAUGCGUAAAAGCUACCACAAGCUUAUGGACUUAUGUACCACAAAGCAAAGUAACGAAAAAUGGCUUGACCAGUUAGCCUCAACUCAUUGGAUGAACCACAUAUCUCGUAUAUUGGACUCGGCUGUUGAAAUUGCCCGCAUCGUCAAGGAGCAGAAGUCUAGUGUGUUGAUUCACUGUAGUGACGGGUGGGAUCGUACGGCACAGCUUACAUCGCUAACCGAGCUCAUGAUUGAUCCAUACUAUCGAACUAUUUUCGGCUUCCAACGACUGAUAGAGAAGGAGUGGUGUUCAUUUGGCCACAAAUUUCGAGAUAGAACGUCCCAUGGAGCCAGUAACCACUCAAGUGAAUCUUCCCCUGUUUUCUUGCAAUGGGUUGACUGCGUGUGGCAAGUUCUGGUUCAGUUUCCCAGCGCUUUCGAGUUUAAUGAGCGGUACCUCAUUUUAAUUCUUGAUCAUCUGUACUCGUGUCGGUUUGGUACAUUUUUGUAUAACUCAGAACGCGAGCGCGUCGAGCAGGAAGCUCUUCAUCCGACACAGUCUCUGUGGUCAUACCUAAGCACGGUAGAUCGUGCAAUAGUGAUCAAUCCUUUUUAUCAAUCGCACAAUGCUUCUCCUCUUAAAUGGAAAGCAAGCGUCACAGCUACACGCCAGUGCUUUGAAAGGCCUGUCAGCCGGUCAUACGAACCUGCUCGUGUGAUUCCUCACAUGACCCAACAAGACUUUGAGGCCUCUUCGUUGACUGUUGACAAUCGAAAUACUGAAAUGGUCAAGGAUGCAACGGACUUGUCCGACUGGACAGUUGCGCACUCAAACAGUCCCACCUCGGUGGCUUGUGAGAGCACUGUUGCUGUGGCUUCGUCGUCAUCAUGCUCUGGUGCUGAUACAAUAGAUAUAGGCGUGAAUGCUUGUCUCGAAACCAAGCUGCGACGUCACCGUUUCGACAGUUGUGAUUUACAACUUGGAGGCAACAUGUGUAACGGCUGGAACAGCGGGAAUGAUUCAGAGAUAACGAUUGUUCAGCCAGCCUGCCACCACAAGCUUGUGCGCGACCUUGAUGCAGGCUUCUCGUUUCCACAACCCUUUGAUGUAUCGUCGCUGUCCAAGUUGCCUUCUUCGCCGCUUGUUGUGCCGCCAUCCCGCGCUGGUAGGAACGCAAAAGAUGAUCGUGUACGGUUUUUUUCGAACACUUCCGAUACCGAGACUGCGUUGGAGGACGAUGAAAUGGGCCGGUGUAGUACCCUCACCUCCUGUGAUGAAAUGAUUAUACCAUCCUGCUCGAUAAAAUCGCUCCAUUUUUGGGCUCACUAUUAUCUGCGAUGGGACCCGAGCAGUCACUUUGACCGUGACGCAAGUGUGAAGCUGGAAGCCUUGCACCUGGAUUUGGUAAUGCGCUUGAAGUCACUAACGAAGCAGAUUGACGUAAGUCGGGAGGGUGAAGUUGUGAAGUUGGAGCACAAGAUGCAGCAUUUUUUGUACGAUCCAGAGGGCUGUUGCGCUAGCAACGGGCGCGCUUCCAGUAGUCAGUCACCACCAAGAGAACGGCAAUGUUGCAAUCAAAGCGUAGCUUUGGGUGGCAGUACUUCUUUUCAGGACUCUAGUUUUGAAGCAGCUGAUGCAUGUACCGUCGGAUCCAAGAAUACUGUAGCUGAUCCGAAAUUUUGUGAACAGAUUGCGAAGCUGAAACAGCAGAAACUUCAACGAUUCGAGAAAGCGGAGGAAAUCUACCAGGAACAGCUUGCUCGUUUGCUGACAGAAUCAAAUUGCGAAAAAGUUGAAUUCACUUAA